AGCUCGCCGUACUCGGAGACCUUUCGCAACCUUCAGAUCUGCAAGCAGAAAGCAGGAGGGGCACCUUCAACUGCGCUCCGCACCGGCAGCUUAAUCAUUACAAAGGCAUAGGAGCCACGCGAACUGACGGAAAAGCAGCAUGUCGUUACUGGGGGCCAGCAGGACAGCAGCCCGGUUUGUUAAUUCCAAGAAUGCUGCUUGUUUAUUGAUCGCCUCAAGAAAUGCAAGUUCCUCUACGAACCUCAAGGAUGUCUUGGCAGACCUCAUCCCCAAGGAGCAGACAAGAAUCAAGAACUUCAAGCAACAGUAUGGCAAAACUUCCAUUGGGCAGAUCACGAUAGAUAUGGUUUAUGGGGGGAUGAGGGGCAUGAAGGGCCUAGUGUAUGAGACAUCAGUCCUUGAUCCUGAUGAGGGAAUCCGCUUCCGUGGCUACAGCAUCCCUGAGUGCCAACAGAUGCUUCCCAAGGCCCCAAGUGGAGAGGAGCCCCUUCCUGAAGGUCUCUUUUGGUUAUUGGCAACUGGGCAGAUCCCCACUCAGGAGCAGGUUAGCUGGGUGUCGAAAGAGUGGGCAAAGAGAGCUGCUCUGCCCUCUCACGUCGUCACCAUGCUGGAUAACUUCCCCAACAACUUACACCCCAUGUCUCAGUUCAGUGCUGCUAUUACUGCCCUCAAUAGUGAGAGCAGCUUUGCCCGGGCCUACGCGGAGGGAGUGAACAAGGCGAAAUACUGGGAGUUCAUUUAUGAGGACUCAAUGGAUUUGAUCGCCAAGCUGCCCUGUGUGGCUGCCAAGAUCUACCGCAAUCUGUACCGUGAGGGUAGCAGCAUAGGGGCCAUUGACUCCAACUUAGACUGGUCAUACAACUUCACCAAUAUGCUGGGCUACACUGAGCCUCAGUUCACAGAGCUGAUGAGGAUGUACCUUACUAUUCACAGUGAUCAUGAGGGAGGAAAUGUCAGCGCACACACCAGUCACCUAGUGGGCAGUGCCCUUUCUGAUCCUUAUCUGUCCUUCAGUGCUGCUAUGAACGGGCUGGCUGGGCCACUGCAUGGAUUGGCCAACCAGGAGGUGCUGGUGUGGCUCACUCAUCUGCAAAAGGAACUUGGUGGAGAGGUGUCAGACGAGAAACUGAGAGACUACAUCUGGAACACACUCAAGUCGGGUCGGGUGGUUCCAGGGUAUGGCCAUGCUGUCUUGCGCAAGACCGAUCCCCGCUACACCUGCCAGCGGGAGUUUGCUCUUAAGCACCUUCCCAAUGACCCCAUGUUCAAACUGGUGUCACAACUCUACAAGAUUGUUCCUGAUGUGCUUCUGGAGCAGGGCAAAGCUAAGAACCCCUGGCCCAACGUAGAUGCCCAUAGUGGAGUGCUGCUUCAGUACUAUGGAAUGACGGAGAUGAAUUACUAUACAGUGCUUUUUGGGGUCUCCCGGGCACUCGGGGUCCUAUCGCAGAUGAUCUGGAGCAGAGCCCUGGGCUUCCCCCUGGAGCGGCCCAAGAGUAUGAGCACCGAGGGACUCAUGACGCUGGUGGGCGCCAAGUCAGGUUAACUUCCCAGAAAAGGACAAGCCUCACCCAAAAUAAUCAAACAAACAGGAAGCCCCAAGCCCUCCCCACCCCAGCUGUGUAAAGUGACAGUACCCAGGAAAGAGACGAGACCAAGGAACCGCCGUGCCUCCUCGUUUUGGUCUUUCUGUUUGUAGAGCAAUGCUGUAAUUUAUUCCAUUAGCACGGACAGGGCAAGAGGAAGAGAUGGAUGACGGGUCACCCUGAUUGUGGUGGUCAGGCGAGCGGGAUGACGUCUCUCAUUUCUUUCUCUCCCCCUCGUGCGUCGCGUCUCCCUCUUGAAGCGGGUGCUGUCUCUUUAGGACGUGCCCACCCACAGCUUUUUUGCACUCAUCGUCUCCUUUUUUUUUUUUUUGUCCCGUCACGCUGACACUCACACUUGUGCUCGGCUGGCCAUCGAUCAGAGCAGCGCAGCCUGCAGGGCGUCGUAGGUGUUGCAGAAAGGAUUUGCUUUCAGUUUUAGUUUCCAUUUCAAGGAAUGUCUUCAAUGAGGUUGUGGAAUCCACCACUAAGGGGGGGGGGGGGGGACUCGUAGUCUGUAUGCGCACCAUCCGUUUUCCACAGUAACAAACCCCCCACCCCCCAUGUGAAGGAUACCUCUAUGACUUAUGGGUGGGGGGGGGGCACUUGGUAUGCCUGGCACUGUAGGGGAUGUUCCAGCUCUUCUUCACCCUCCUGUCCCCAUGGGCUGAACAGAACCGCACACUUUAUUUAUUUUUAUUUUUUUUUUUUUUUUUUUUUUUAAUGAAGCAGGGGUCUUUGGGUUUUUGGAGCGGUAGGGGGAGUCUGAGAUUGGCGGGGGGGGGGGACCGUUGUGGCCCGGCUGCCACAAGUGGGUGGUUUUUGGUGGCCGUUUCUGUACGUAUGCCUCUGUUCUUGUUGCGCGUGUGUGGUUUGUUUUUAUUAUUGUGUGCUUAAACACACAUGGAGAUGAAAUGCUGACAUUUGGGACAAUGGGCCCAACUGCCUCGUGUCCCCCCCCCCCACCCACAUGACUUUGGUUCUGUGCAGAGGGUCCCCUUUCUCCAUUGGGUGCUUUUUAAUUUAUUAUUCAGUGGUAUGACAGACGGGGCCUAGGCGUGUGUGUGGGGUUUUGUUUUUUUUUUUUUUUUUGUAUGUAUGGGGGGCUCAUGGGGGUUUUUGAGUGGAGGGGGUGUGCGUGCUGCUUUUUUUUUUUAUAUAUAAAUGUGUACACUCCUUUCAGCACGUCGCUUGAACUCCAUUUCUGAGUGUCUGGCACUGAAUGGUCCCCUCCAAGCCUCCUCUCACCACUGGCCUGCGGACCCUCGUCAAGGCAGGCAGUCCUUGUGCAGCAGUUUUACUUUAGUUAGGUUUUUGGAUUUUUUCUUUUCUUUUCUUUUGGGAUCCCAUUAACAACGCACACCUCAGGUUGUUCUGCAGGCGAUUUAAAACUGAAACCACGAUGAGAUGGAUGGGGGUGAAACUAAAAAAGAAAUAAAUGUUUUUAUAAAUGA